GCCGUAACCGCGUCUGUUAAUGUUUUGUUGACGAAGUAGCGGUCGCUGCUUUUCUUACAAAAGCAGUACAGUCUUCACUUUCAUAUUACUGAUUUAUUUCAGAAGAACUCCACAAGACAUUCGCCUCAUUGUGACUGAUUCAGCAGUCAGAUUCAUGGCUUUACCGACGCUGUCGGCGCAUUGGCCGGGUAGAGUACGGGCUCUGGAGAGGCAGCUAGUGCGCCAGCGGGAGCAGGAGGCUCGAUGGAGGCAGCAGUGGGAGCUGCACUCUCAGUACUUCAGAGAGCAGGAGGUCCGCAGCAGCAAACAGGCGCACUGGAGCUCACGGCAGUCCUUCCAGCGAAGUAUGUCAACAUUUCAGCGAGAACGGAUGGAGGAGAAACAGCGGAAUCUGGAGGAGCGCAGAGAGCAUCUGAGGACGAUGCUCCAGGAGGAGAGAGGCCAGCUGGAGGCCGAGCUCAGAACUGUUCUCCCAGACAGGAUCACGCUGACCAGACAGCUGGUGGAAAAAACAGAUACCCUCCGCUCUGCCAGGGAAGAGAGGAGGAAGAGUCUGGCACAGAAAUUACUGAAGGAGCACUGGAAGCAGAACAACCCAGAACUGCAGAAGGUUGAGUUAGGAUUGCACAAAGAUCAUGUUGUGAGCCAGUGGCAGGUCCAACAGCAGGAGAAAAAACAGGCUGAAGAGAGAGCUCAGGAGGAGAAACAGAAUGUUGAGAAUGAGUAUGAGAGGGCCAGAAAGGAGGCACUGAAAAGAAUAAAGGAAGAAGAGGAGAAGAGAAGACAGGAGGAAGUGAAGAGAGCCGAGGAUCUCCUUAAGCAGAUGGAGGAGCUCAAACUACGAGAACAAGAAGCUGAGCAUCUUAAGCAGGAACAAAAUGCUCUGAUGUCACAGCGCUGGGAGCUCGAGAAACUGGAGGAUGAGAGGAAGAGGAUGGAGGAGACCAGGAGGAAAACUGAGUUUGGGUAAAGUGGUUAGACUUCCUUCUGCACACCUGCUUUUAGGGCCCAGCUAAAAAGGAGAGCACAGCAGGUGCAGGAGGAGUUGGAGGCAGACCGUAAGAUCUUGGCAUCGCUGCUGGAGGGGGAGAUGGAGGAGGAGAGUCUGGAGAAAGCCAGGAGAGAUAGAGCGGUAGCGGACGCCGCCUGGAUGAAGAGAGUCAUUGAAGAGCAGCUCCAGCUUGAGAAGGAGAGAGAGGCCGAGUUUGAUAUAUUAUAUCGUGAGGAAGCUCAGCGUGUUUGGGAGAAGAGAGAGGCAGAAUGGGAGAAAGAGAGGAGAGCCAGAGAGAGACUCAUGCGGGAGGUCCUGGCGGGACGACAGCAGCAAUUGGAGGAACGUAUGCUGGAGAACAGGCUGGCUAGGGAGGAGUCUCUGAGGAGCAGAGAGGAGCUCAUCCAACAGCUGGAGCAAGAGAGACUCACCUUACACCAGGGGAGGGAAGAGCAGGAGGGAUCCCGCACAGCACGCAUGCUGGAGAUCAAUGCACAGGUGGAGCAGAGGCGCAAGGAACAGUGGGAGGAGCAGCGAAGACUUGAGGAGGAAGACGCACAGGAGAGGGAGGAGCUUAGGCUGCAGGAGGAGGAGCUUCAUCAUGAGACUGAAAGAAUGAUUCUACAGGGUUACCAGGAGAGGAUUUGCAGCAGACCCAGGUCAGCAUGGACAUAAAAGCAUUUUACAGAGGACGUUCAGUCUUUAUGCCACAUCACCUGCUAGAUGUUAGGAGUAUCUUCUAGCACUUUGUUUUAUUCAUAAUCUGGGAUAUCUUUGUCUAUGUCGAUCUUGGACUUGGAAUUUGUGUUUAAAUCAAAACAAGUUCUCCCAGCCAGUUAUCAGAGAUGCUUUUAAUAUUUAUGGAUCAUAAAUUGUUUAUGGUAAUUUAUGAUUUACGUUAUGCCUUUAAAAAAUGGUUGUGUUGGUAAGUCCUCUUUAUUACGUACUGUACUGUAUGCAUCACACUAGUGUUUAUUUGUUCAUAGGUUUGUUUCUGUGUAUUUUUAAUUGAUCAAUUUCAAUGCUGACUAAGGUUUUUUAUAAAUAAUUUGUUUUAUAAACUGCAUUUGAUUGCAAUGAAAAAGCAUUCUAAAUAGCCAUUACCAUGAAGUUCAACUAGUAAUAUGCACAUUAAGUAACAUCCAAUCUACUCUGCAAGUGAGUGUUAUAAUAAACAAAUCUGUCUAACUGUAAGCGAUGCGCUCCUCACUUGGAGGGUAGCUUUGGUACAAGUAAUAAGUGAGGGUUGUAAAUUAAGUAUAUAUUUAUGUUCUUUACUGAUGCUUUGUUAUAGAAUUUCAAAGCAGACAGCAAGGUCUAAGAUAAUACCUCUAGUAUUAAAAUAAUGCUGUUGUA